CACCUACCCUCACUCAAUUCUUCUUCUUCUUCUUCAUCCUCGCAGGGUCUUCGUCUUCCACCCAUCGCCGUUCUCUGAUCUUGGAGAGCCUCUUUGCUCAUCAUCAACAUCCCCAUGGACCCUUACGAGUUCCUCAAGCUCUCCCCCAACCCCGACGGCUCCGUCACCCGCCUCUCCUGGCCCCCGUCCGCUCCCGCCACCGCCGACCCCGACUCCCCCGACCCGGCCCUAUCCAAGGACGUCACCCUCCCCCUCGACCCCAACCACUCCACAUUCGUCCGCAUCUUCCUCCCCCGUGCCGCCCCCGCCCGCCUCCCCGUCAUCCUCUACUUCCACGGCGGCGGGUUCGUCCUCUUCAGCGCCACCUCCCGCAUGUUCCACGACUCCUGCUGCCGCACCGCGUCUCUCGUCGGGGCCGUCGUCGUCUCCGUCGAGUACCGCCUCGCCCCCGAGCACCGCCUCCCCGCCGCCUACGACGACGCCAUGGCGGCCCUCGCGUGGCUCCGGUCGCAGGCGCUCGACCCCGCAGGCGGCGGCGAGCCGUGGCUGAGGGAGCACGCGGACUUCGAGCGCUGCUACCUGAUGGGCAGCAGCGCGGGGGCGAACAUCGUCUACCACGCGGCCCUGCGAUCGCUGGACGUUGAUCUGGCCCCGGUCAAGAUCCGAGGGCUGAUACUGAACCAACCCUACUUCGGUGGGAUCCAGAGGACCGAGUCCGAGCUGCGGUCCGACAACGACCGGAUACUGCCCCUGCCCGCGAACGACCUCAUGUGGUCCCUGGCGCUGCCCGAGGGCGCCGACCGGUCCCAUGAGUACUGCGACCCGACGGCCGGCGGUGCGGCGGGCCAGGCGAAAGCCGGGCGGCUGCCGAGGUGCCUGGUGAGGGGGCACGGGGGGGACCCGCUGGUGGACCGGCAGAAGGGGUUCGCGAAGAUGCUGGAGGCACGGGGGGCGCACGUGACGACGGGGUUCGCCGAGGGCGGGUGGCACGGGGUGGAGCUGGUCGACCCGGCCAAGGCCCAGGUUCUGGUGGAGACGAUAAGGGAUUUCGUGAACGGCGACUCAGUUAAAUCCACAAUGUGAAUCUUCAAA